GCGCAGCCUUUGCAUCCCCCCGGGAUGCUCCAGGCAGAGCAGAGGCAUGGAGACAGUGCAGGAAGAGAGGGUUCGCCCCUGGGUGGACUCCGACCCCCGCCCAACAGGCUGCUGGAUCUGCCUGGAUCUGCCCAUUUCUCCCAGUGCUGACACACAUCCCACGCUCCCGUCCCCGCAGUUCCAGAGUCUGCAGCAGGAGCGGGAGAUGUGUUUGGCUUCAAACUGUACCCAGGCCAGGGUGAACCUGUCCCUGCGCCCGCGGCUGGAGGACGGGAAGGCUUCCCUGGCCAUCAAGUACCAGGAGCUGCGGGAGAUCCGAGAGGCAUGUUGGGACAAGCAGCAGCGCCUGGAGGCUUACCUGGAGAAGUGGAGCCCACAGAGCGCCCUGGGCCAGCUCCAAGCCAGGCUCGAUGCCUCUGAAGCAGAGUCAGAGGUACAGAUAGAGCAGUUCCUGGCCCAGGACCUGCCCCUUGAGUCCUUUCUGGAGUCCUUCUGCCAGAGCCGCACACGCUCCCACAUCUGCCGGACGCAGCUGGAGAAACUGCAGGAGCUGCUGCAGAAGGACCAGGUGCAGAAGGACCAGGUGGGGAGGGACCCUGCGGGCCCCACGAAGUGCCCAGGUGCCCCGGCUAGCCCACCACCAGCCCGCCUUGCCCCGUUACGGAGUGGAGUAGCCCCCAAAGCCUUCGAUCUCUCCUACGGCUUUGUGCCCGCCUUCCUCAUCCCCUCGGAGGCCGUUGUGCCUUUUCCCGUGCCAGCUGCGCCUCCCAAG